AAUGCAAUGCUAUGAUCAGUGGUAAUGAUACCAAAGGAACCAAUGAUAUACACAGUACUGCUACUGGAGCAGCUCCUCCUACAGGUACAAACAAGCCAUUGAUAGGAGGUCCUCCACUCUCUCCUAUUGCAUUAAUGGAUAUACCAGAUGAUAGACCAAGAGUAUCUGAAUUGAUAGAGUUUCAUGAGUUAUUGAUCAAAGGACAAGUGGAGGAGUCUCUACCACUGCUUGAUGCUGAUACUAUAAGAAAGAUUAGAAAUGCUGUUAAUGAUCAUGAAGGAAUGUCUCUUCUUAUAAGAGCAUUUGAAGAACAUCCAACACUGCUACAUAAAAUAAGGACAACUGGAAUAAUAAAAGGUUCAUUGAGAAAAGUCGAAGCUCCUCUACCAACAACACCUAAACUGCACCGACCAUCACUAGCUACACAACCCUCACAAAUAGAGUCUACUAUUAAUACUCCAUCAGAUGUACCAAUAGUAAGAAAAGGCACACAGUCACCAGAAUACAUUACGAUGAAAGAGAUGUUAGCUGAUCUUGUUGAUCUGUUGGCAGGAAAUGCUCCAGUUAUUCCACAAUUAAAUAAUCAUCUCUUUUCAUCUGAUCUCAUUCCUAAAGCAGUACAUGUUACUGUUGGAGCCACUGGACUCAGUCCUUAUGAUAGAGCUAAUAAAAUAUUCUCUUCAGUACUAGCAACAAUUGAGUGUCAUUCUAAUCCUAACAGUGUGUUCUCUUCUCUCAUUAUAUCACUACAGAAAGUAGGACUAAAGAACAUGGCAUCUAAACUAAUGGAAAAACUAAGUGAGUAUAAACAU